UAAUAGUAAGUUUCCUUGGAGCCUUGGAAGUCUCAGAAGUGAGUAGGAACAGCUACAAAGAGAGGAGGAGCUGAGGGAUUGCACCUUAUUUCCUGCCUCAAAGCAUGAUGGGAAAGUCCCAUAGCUAUCAGAUUUAUUCCCUCUAGUUCCACAAAGAAAGAAGUAUCACAGUGCAUAUGCUACAAAUCCAGCAAGUUGGCAAGGCUUUGAGGGCUAUGACUAUUACAGUGCCCAAACAAACACCUCUUCUGCAGCUGCCACAUAUAGCUAUGGUACUACUGCUGUCAGUGCCACUACCUGGGAUACCUCUAAAGCUACCAACUUGACAAUGAAUGCUGAUGUUGGCAACACUAUGCCAGUUGCAAGUUGCAGUACUGGAGCAGCGGGCACUGAGAACUCUGACUCCAUUAUAGCAAAAAUAAACCAGCGCCUGGAUAUGCUGUCAAAGGAAAGCAGAGGUGGCACUGGGGAAGGAAUGGAAAAUCAGGGAAGCUCUUUCAGAUUUGAGUCUUUUGAGUCUUAUGACUCUAGAGCCUCAGUGCCUGCCCAUGACCUUUACAGAACCAGCUAUGAUUAUAGUGAAGUUGGAUCUGGCAGAAAUGAUUCUUUUGGAAGCCACUAUGAUGUUGCUGGUAACCGCAGAGAUCAGCCCCGCAACAGAGGAAACAACUAUAGCUUUGGUAGAGGGCAAGCCCAAAGUCAAAGGCAUCUAAACGCUUUCAAUCGUGACCGCUUCAUGCCAUCAAGUACAGAACGGCUGUCUGCACAGUGGAAUCAGAUGAAUUUUAUGGGUGGCAGGAAUAUGGAAGGACCUGGACCAAAUAGGCUUCCAUCUCUCUUCUCCCAAGCACUUAUCCCUGAGUCCAGAGAUUGUGGUGAUUAUGGAGACUGCAGAAAUUAUGGCACCUGUAGCAAUUAUGAUUAUGGCAUGAUGGAAAUGCAGGACAUGGGAAGGUUUCCUGGGAACAUGCCCUACAGCUAUGGCAGAUCACGAAGUAGACCCCAGAGGAGAGGUUUCUGUGGUCGUCCAGGUGGGCAUUCAGAUAAUGAAGGCAACUUACGUAAGCGGAAACAGUUCCAAAGUGGAGAUGAACUUAAAAACAAACAGGCAAAGACAGAUAGUGAAGAUGAUGACUCUGAUAAUUAUGAUGGUGAAGGAGAUGACAGAUCAGGAGAUGAAGGAGAUAAAGCAUUUAUUGAUGGCUGCAAUGAUGAUGAUGAAGAGACCAAACAAAGAAAAGAGAAACAGAAGCGCCGGGAUCGAAUGAGGGACCGUGCUAUGGACAGAAUCCAGUUUGCUUGUUCUGUCUGUAAAUUCCGAAGCUUUGUUGAUGAAGAAAUUGAAAAGCACCUGCAGAGCAAAUUCCACAAAGAGGUGUUGCGAUACAUUGGAACAAAGUUGCCUGAUAAAACCGUCGAGUUCUUGCAGAAGUAUAUUAUGAACAGAAAUAAGAAAAUUGGGAAACGCCGUCAAGAGUUGACAGAGAAAGAUAGCAGCAAGCCAAAACCAGACCCUUUCAAGGGAAUUGGCCAGGAACACUUCUUUAAGAAGAUAGAAGCUGCUCACUGCAUGGCUUGCGAUAUGCUAAUCCCUGCACAACAUCAUCUUCUUCAGAGGCACCUUAGGUCUGUUGAUCACAACAGGAACCGUAGGAUGGCAGCUGAACAUUUCAAGAAAGCUAGUUUCCAUGUAGCUAAGAGUGUCCUGAAUAGCAAACACAUUGUGAAAAUGCUAGAAAUGUACCUCAAGGGUGAUGACCCAUUUAGAGAUGAAAACACUGACCAAGAUGCUGAUGAGUCUGAAGCCUUAGAGGGGCCUGAGGGUGAACGGGCUACAGAAGAUGCCACGGCAGAGGAAAAAGAACAUGCUGAAGAUGAAAUUGAGGCUACGGAAGACAGUGGAAGCGACAAACCAGGAAGCAACAAGAGAUGCUGUCACACUGUUGUUCUUUCUAAAGAUGAAUCUGCAGAGGAGCAGCAAGAGGGAGAAAAGAGAACAGAGACAGCAGAAACAACAGAAGAACCGUUUUUUCCUUCUCAAGGAAGUCCAGAAGAGAAACAAUGAGAAAGUCAGGGGAAGAAGCAAUAUGUUGAGAUAGGGAAGAACUCCAUGGAAACACCAAUGGCUGAAGACAAUGAUACCAAGAAGGAAACAGUUAUAGUAGCAAGCCUAGAGCUGCUGCAGUAAUGAUCAUGUGAAUGUUUCUGUGAAGGUGAUUUGUCCUGCUUAGUUGUAUAAUUUUUUCCCUGUCUUUUUUAUUUUAGCACAGUAUACAACUGUGAAGCGCUGGAUUGCUACCGGUUUUGUUCCUGUUUUGAAGAAUGGGAGUCUGUAUUAUUACAGAAGCAGUCCUGUGCUUUGCUAUUUUGUCAACUGGAAAUCAUUCCAAUCGUUUCAUUUUUUGAUUGAAAAACUCGGGAUGCUCUACAUUUCCUCAAGAAACACCUGAUAGUCAUCGUGCAUUUUAGAAUGGGCAGCGGUAUUUGAAAAUAAUUUUUAAUCAUUUAGUUCCUAUUAGAUUUUAAAUACAGAAGUAAUAUAGCUUCAUUUGGAAACAAAAUUGGUCUUCUUGUUAAUGGGGAAGUAGAUUAGUAAAUCAAUGUGUUUAUUCUUUUCUAUGAAAUUGUUUGCUCAUUCAAGUUCCUUCAGGAAAAACUUGCUGGCACUAGGGCUGUUAACUUCAUUUAUUGAAAUUGCAGUAUUGCAUGAAAAAUACCACCCCUAACAGAAUACUUUUUAAAUAAUAAAUUUACUGUAUGUCACACUUGGACCAUCGUUUAUACCAUGUGCUAUUUCAGAUAUUAUGUAUGGCAAAAUGUAGCUUGUAUAUUAUGCUCGUAAAGGAGAGCUUCGUAUGAAGGAGAAAAGUUAUGGUACUAUUGAAUCCCUUUCGCUUCUCAUACUUUUUAGUAAAAAUCACAGGAGUAUCAUUUGCAGAGGAGAUUGCAUUUCAUUGCCGUCUGCUUAUGACCAAAUGGUCUGUGAGCAAUAAAUAUAUAUGAUGAGAGGAGACUGUCACAUACUGCUCUGGGAGUUCUGAAGCAGCAAAAUAGAAACUGAUUUGUUAUGAUUGAUGCUUGUUGUAUAAAGUUUUAGAGUGGAAUGACACUCUGCCUUUGUCCCCAAUAAACACAAAGUACUUUGUCAGAUUUGAAAUAAACUUCUGAAAAUGAGAA